AGUCAAUCUGAUGACUUAGAAGGAGUGACUCCGCUCAACAACGUCCUUUCUUACCUCGUUGCUGUAGUCUUUCGAAUUUCUCCUGCCGGUUCUCUCCCAAAUGUAAUCUUUGAAAUUGUAGCCAACCUUCGUCAGCAAUAUUCCUACCACCCUACCAGUAUCGCGGCCCAUGACGCAAUACUCACUGUAUCACUGCUCGGGACAGAUCAACUAGCUGCUGGAAAAGACGUUUCGGAAGGUUCCCGCCAAAACACCAUGGAAAGAGCAUGAUAGACACUCUGUAGAGAUGACAAGCGGCUUAGAUCAAAGAGAGAGCAUUGCAUUGCUUGUCAGGAACUCUACUUCCUAGUAUGAAAUUGACUCUCGAGGAAACAAAGUCGAAUUAUGACAGGAUCCCUUAGAAUUUCCGCUUCCGAUUGUACGUUUCAAUUCCCGAGAUUAGCUGCUUCCCUCCUCAUCCCAACGGAACAAGAGUACAUUUUCCUCAAUCCAAGGAUCGCGCCGGCCCUCGCCUCUUGCUCAUCUUUACAUACCAAUUGGUAUAUCCGAAUAGCUAGCAAAACCUACUCGUGAGUCGCAACUGGGUAUUGUUCCCUCCAACAGUCCCUAGCCUGAUCAACAUCGCUUGCGUCGCGAAAUACAUGCAACACCAAAAUGCCUUAUCAAAGGACAAAGCAGAUUGGGUGUUCCUAAUGCAUGCAUUUUUUAGCUUCAGAAUAAUCAUCCAGCCAAUCCAGAAAUAUUCACAGGGUACACUUCGACUCACGCAUACCAGGUGAUUAGCAUUGAGAUUUUCCAGUCAAUACCGGAAUACUCGUGCUCGCUGAUAAAUGAAGAGAACGCAAUGCUUGUAAAGCUGACUCGCCUGCGAUAUUUAGCCCAUAUUCAUAGAGGAUAAUCCACAUAUCGUGUUUUGAUCUUAUUUAACGAAAUGGACUCUGACAACCAAAGAAAAUAGGGCAACUAAGCGAAUGUCUGCCACAACACUUCAUCCUGAUAGCACUAGGUGUGAUAUAAUCUGUGUUCGAAUCAAUGAUAUAUUACCUCUAGUAGUGAAAGGUACAUAUGAGAUAGCAUUGCCACUGAUCCGUAUUCUGCGCCCUAGGCCUCUGGACUUGUGCCCACACGAUGCGGGUAGCAAUACCAACGUUUACCUUGAAACAGUCUCGCUGUUUUGUCUGUCUUCUUGAUCGAUCAUGGAUAGAUAUUAGCAGAGCAGUGCCUGAAGCUUGAGUUUGCAAUAGAACUUUCUGAUCGACUGUCUUGACAGUAAUUUGGAGUGGCCUAGAGCAAACUAGGUUAAACCAGCUCUUCAUCUCCUAGAGCAGAGAGUUUUACUCCAGCGAGCAUAGUACAAUAUCCAGCGAAGAUUUAAACCCCUCCUCAGGCUUGAAUUCACAAAUGUACAAACCACGUUCGUCGAAUCCUUGCAGCUACUCCCAGGCCUAAUCCCUUGGUUGCCCUGUGAGUCUCCCAGACCCUGACCCCACAACAAUCAGAAAAAGGAAUGCAGCUUUAGGACUUCACCACGAUAAAGAUACACAAUCCGUUUAACUUGCCAUGAUUCACAGUGUAAACCUGAGAAUUGUACCGCGGCUUGCCGCUGCGUUGGGUCAGAAAAGCUUUCACUGUUUAUGUAAUUGAGUGAUAACGUCUGCGCUCGGUAUAAGAAAGAAGUAACUGGCGCAAUACCAUCACUGGGAUGAUAGGCCGUUGUUGGGGUUAUUUUUUCAUGUGCACUGACUGUGUCGGUACAUCUUCAAUGAGGUGGUGGAUACGGAUCGAUCAUUCCUUCCGAUCUGCAACAAAACCAAUCGUAACGAAUUAACUUCCGGCACGAUCCUGCAGCCUGAAUUGGCACUCCUGUAUGUGGAUUUAAUUAUCUGCAUCUCUUAAAGGAUGAUUUGUGGCAUGCUGGACCAUGGAGGGUGAUGUUGCCGGUGAAGUUAACGAAUGCCAGCUCAACCCGGAAACUACCAGCGCCAGACGUUCCUAGACAAGAACAGGAUGGACAUUCGAAAGGAGUGCUGCAGUAAGCAUAUUCGAAACAAUAUGAAAACAUGCAUUGUGACACAGAUUAAUCUACCAAGACACAACGUGAGGUAAAAUUUACCCCUUGAGGUUGAGUGUGUCUGACAUGUCUCUAGGGAAGAUGAUCCCCGCACAGCAAGAAGUCUAGAUGAGGCUCUGGAUCUAGUCGUUGUACUACAGACGCGCGACAAUAAGAGGUGAUGUAAGGUCCCAAUUUUGUAGCUAAGAUUAAAGUCACACAUUCCGAACUUCAACACAGCUGCGGCUGAUUGAUACUUCGGAGUUACGUCACGUACACCCCAAUUGAUGACACCAGCUCAAGUCGUCGCAAUGUAGAGACAGGAAAUCUCAGAAAAUGCUAACUUCAUUUCCUGAUUCUAUAAUGAAAGCGCUGAUACAAUCUUGAAUGGUCGUAGGAAUUAGGCCAGUGACGUUGGGAGGGAACUGCACUAAAUAGCGUCCCUAAUCCCAAAAUAUCAUAGGUAACCAAAAUUCGCAAAGGUUGUCAGUCCAAAAUAACAAUAGUGGAAUGCAACUCAAACAUGCUCCAAUCAUGAGGGAAUACAGAUUGCAAGGCGGACCUGUGAAUUCUUAGGGAUUUACUUCGUAGCCCACACUGCGGGCUUCUCAAAACCAUGACCUCUGGCAAUCCCCUCCUGUCACUGGAGGACUCUCAACGACACAGUUGCAAAAGACAAUAGAAUUUGAGAAGUACAAUGGAAUAUCAGAACAGCAAGCCCGAGUCGCUCGACUCCAAUGCGACACGCAGAAAGAGUGACAGUCCAACGAACACGAACACAACGACAAGUACAAACACAAAAUACACCAACAUGAGUCCACCACCAAGACCAAGCCGCCCAUCAGGCUUCGGCAACGCUCAUUUCAACCCAUGCUUCCAUACCUUCCAACCCCAACCUCAGAAGCCUCACCACCCACAACAACCACCACACUUCCAAUACGGAACACGACUCCAAACCCGCCGCAAACAAACCUUCUCAGCACCUCCACCACCUAUCCAGCAAAAGCCCGUCGCGCCCGUGGCACAACUCUCACGAAAAGCCGACCUCACGAUCUCCGAAGCCGAGCAAGAACGUCUUCACCAACUCGCCAAACAGCUUGCCAAGGAACGGACCGAGCAAUGGGUCGAGAGCCUAUUCGAGAUGCAUCCGAACGUCUGA